CCUCGAGACCCGGGAACCCUUUUUACUUUACAGACGUUUUUUUUUUGCUUCCUCCAAGUCCUCAUCACUUUUCAGGUUUUUAUCUCCCCGACACUUUAGGACUACUGCAGCUUCAUCCCUCCCCCUUUACACACGUCUCCUGAGCAACAUUCAAGUUAAAAAGCCAUGCUACUGCCUUCGUCACUACUCAUCCUCCUUGGCCUCCUCAGUUGGAGUCCCAGCGCAUCCUGCGCUAAAGUGAUUGUGGUCCCGCCCAUCAUGUUUGAAUCACACCUGUACAUCUUCAAGACUCUGGCCACGGCUCUGCACCAGGAGGGCCAUGAGAGCCAUUUUCUAGUUUCAGAGGGUCGUGAGAUUCCCCCAUCUCCUCACUACCACUUACAGCGCUAUCCGGGGAUCUUUAACAGCAGCACGGCUGACAGUUUCCUCCAGUCCAAAGUCAGCAACAUCUUCUCAGGCCGUCUGACAUUUCUGGAACUGUUUGACAUUCUUGACCACUACUCUCAGAACUGUGACGCCGUUGUUGGCAAUGCUGAGGUAAUGACCCGCCUCAAGGAGGCCAAGUUUGACCUGUUGCUGGUGGACCCUAAUGAGAUGUGUGGUUUUGUGAUAGCUCAUAUCCUGGGCGUGCAAUAUGCCGUGUUUAGCACAGGCCUGUGGUACCCUGCUGAGGUUGGCGCCCCAGCCCCACUAUCAUAUGUACCUGAAUUCAACUCACUGCUGACAGACCACAUGUCUCUGGUCCAGAGGAUCACAAACACUGCUGUUUAUCUGGUGCAGCGCUUUGGAGUCCAUUAUAUUGCAUUACCCAAGUAUGACCGGAUUAUGAAGAAACAUGGAGUGAAACCUCAAGUGGCCAUGGCUGACUUGGUGCAAGGCAGUCGGCUGUGGAUGCUGUGCACUGACAUGGCUCUGGAAUUCCCGAGGCCCACCCUACCACAUGUGGUGUACAUAGGAGGCAUCCUCACCAAGCCCCCUAACCCACUGCCACAGGAUUUCGAAGCGUGGGUGAAUGACACUGCGGAGCAUGGCUUUGUGGUUGUGUCGUUUGGAGCUGGGGUCAAGUACCUUUCCCAUGACAUUGCUCACAAACUGGCAGGAGCCCUCGCCAGGCUGCCCCAGCGUGUCGUCUGGAGGUUCUCUGGAGUCCCACCUAGUAACCUUGGAAACAACACCAAGCUUGUUGACUGGAUGCCUCAGAAUGACUUACUAGGCCAUGCCAACACAAGGGCCUUCUUGAGCCAUGGCGGCUUGAACAGCAUCUAUGAGGCCAUGUACCAUGGGGUGCCAGUGGUAGGUGUGCCCUUGUUCGGAGACCACUAUGACACCAUGACUCGUGUGGCAGCCAAAGGUAUGGGUAUCAUGCUACACUGGAAGUACAUGACAGAGGAAGACCUCUACACAGCCCUGACCAGCGUCAUCAAAGACAGCAGGUACCGCCAACAAGCACGUCUUCUCUCCAACAUUCACAAAGAUCAGCCAGGCCACCCUGUGACCAGAGCUGUCUACUGGAUCAGCUACAUCCUCCGUCACCACGGUGCCAACCACCUGCGCUCCGCCGUAUACGAGGUGUCCCCCUACCAGUACUUCCUGCUGGAUGUGAUUGUCACAGUAGUAGCUGCCUUGGCUCUGAGUGGCUUUGCCCUGCACCGGUUGGUGCGAUUGCUGAGGGGGAAGGUCGGGGACCAGAGCAAAGGAGGUGAUAACACCAGGGAUGAUGGUAACAUGGCCAACGGACACUGCCAUAAUGAGAGCAUGGCCAAUGGGAAACACAAACGCAAUGGCUCCUUGAAAAGCGAGAAGAAAAUGAAUUAAUAUUUCCAAUGGCCAAGAGGGACGAGGAAGAAGUUGCCCCAGGGACUCAGCUCUAGGUUUGGUUUAGAGGUUUUAUGCAAGCUUAAAGAGAAAGCAUCGUAUGGGGACAGAGCAGGGCAUCGGGUGCUCAAAAUCUGUGUGUGUGUGUGUGUGUGUGUGUGGGUGUAUGUGUAUGUGUGCACUGAGGCAAAUUUAACUGAAACUCUUAACAACAGCAGCUACAACAACACAACACCAAUUUGGAAAGUCAUUGAGGAUGAAACACAGGAAAGACACAUUGGAGGACAUUGUUUCUACGUGUGCAUCUUCUCUCCUGCAUGUUCUCUGUUGUCUUCCUGCCUUCCUUACCACUGGAAGGCUGAUGAAGAGGGGAAAUCCUGAGCGCCAACCCCCUCAUCCUCAGAACAAAGCAAGACUUUUGAAAUAUUUAGGAUUUAAUGUUUCUAACGGCAAAUUCUGCUUCAAAAUGUGUCUAGUAAACUGUAAAUAGAGGACAAAUCUAUUUAUUACUGUACAAAUACAUUUUAAUUAUGGACCUUUUGAACCUUAUCUUAUUUUAAUUUAUUUCAUUUAUCAGUGGUGUGAUAGCAUGACGGUAGAUGUACACUCCCUCCACUAAGCCAACAUCUGCACAACACUGCGUCCCUUAUAUUGGUGAAAUGAAACGAAACAAAAACUGACUGCAGCAGUUGCUGGAAGCAUACAUAGGUCUGUGCUUUCUCCAGAUACAACCACCCACAGUAUAAUGGUGGUCCUGUUUUCAAACUAAUCAGAGAGUUGAAAAUAUUUUCCCUUUUCACACGGUCGUGCCAACCUGUGACUGCACUGCCGGUUUGGCCUGGUAGAGAAUAACUGCACUGAACGCUGUUUGGCUCAUCAGUGUGAAAAGGGUGAUGAUGUUAUUAUCAAAAGGUAUAAAAUAUAUAUAUAUAAUAAUGAGAACUACUGCAAAUACUGUGGAUAGACAGGGCCAGGUCAGAAAAGUGCUCAAGCUCAUCCAGUCAGGUGAUCAGGGAUGAGUCAGAGCGUUACUGAUUUAUGAUUGUCUGCUUCGUCAGUUCCAUGCCUUACUUCUGCACCCCCUCAUCAAUUUAUUAAUUAAUAAUGAUUCAUCACUUGAUUGCCAUUUUUAGUGCUACACUUGACUUUGUACAUUAUACCUCUUUGAUUUAAUUGUUGGAUAAUGUCUAACAUGUUGCAAAUGCUAGUUUUUAAAUUACACUGCUCAUUCAAUGCUUCUCCUCUGUAAGUUAAAGUCUGUUAGAUUUAGCAUUUGAGGUUCAUGUACAAACUAGACCGUGUAUAAUUAAUAUUAACUUUGAGUGUGAAUGAUUCAUAUUCUGUAUGUGGCCUUUUAUAAUGCAAACAUUUGUGUAUGCCGUAUGCUUGAAUACCAGUGUGUAUGUGUGCUUGUUGUUUUAGUGCCCGUGUGUUUUAGAUGACUGUACAGCUUUAGCUGGAGUGUAUGGAUAAAAUGAGGCAGAUGAAGUAUGUUUUAGCCCGCUGAGAGUCAUGUAAAAACAAUUACUGGCUUUUAACUUAUUCUAUGAAUUCAUGUCAUCAUACAAGGUGUAUGCUCAUGCAAAAAAAUCUUUUUUUUCUUUCAAUUCAUUUUUUCUUUCCAUCCACAUCUUUUUUUUUUUUUUUUUAAUUUUUAUCACCUCAUGUUCAAUCCACAUUAUUUUCCUAUUGUUUCUUGGCCAGCGUUAAGCCACCAUGCCUGUUAAUUCUAAAUACCUAUGGAGGGGGUUUGUAAUAGUUCGACAAGAAACGUGAAAUCCACCACUUCUACAAUGAAUAAUAAUGUGUCAAAGUGACACUGAUCCAUGCUGCAAAAUUCUCUUUUCUUGAACCCCUGUCAGGGAGAUCAAAGUACAGGGUGAGCUGGAAGGGUAUCUUUGGAGUGUGUGGUCAUUCGAUAUCUUGCUAAUGGACAUUUCAGAAGGGCAGGUGCUCGUGGACAUAGGGCAUAAAAAUCUCAUGAGACAUGAGACUUCCACUUGGAAGGUUUGUCAAACCACCAAGCCACAAAUACUGUUUUAUUUUCCUCUAUUGUUCCAGCAGCAUCUACUGGACAUCUACUUUUAAAAGUUGCAAAUUGCAGCUGAAUUUUGGCAUCCUAGCAAACAUGUUGUUUACCAGCUUAAUAAUGCCUCACGCACAGAGAAAAACAGAAAUGUAAAUUUAAAGGAAUUAGAGGAAAUGCCAUCACUUAACCAGUAAAAGCUAUUGAGGACUUAACAUCCAACCAACAUGUUCACAAAUCCUGUAUGAUAAUUAAGAGAAGCUCCAUGACCUCCUUUUCUCUGUGAGCUACAAUUACACUGGCACAGCCCAAUCCAGACCUGCUGAAAACAGAGACUUUUAUACUUGAAUCAUCAUCAUUAUUGUCAUUAACAAGUUCAGCCGUUGGUGGGCCUGUAGGUGCAUCGCAAGCUAUGACCAGGGUCAGGAGAGAAAAAAAUAGAUUUUUUUAAAAUUAUUUCAGUAUUAAUGUUGUUAUAGCCCACAUAGUUAAAUGCUUCAACACUCUCUUAUGUCACUGUAUUUGCUCUGUAGUCUGACAUGUCUCUGUUAUUUUGACUUUUGUAUUCCAUCAACUAGAAUACUUUCUUUGUUCUGUCUUCAACUGUACACUUGCUUGUCCCAAAUUGUCCACCUGUUUUCAUACUCUUAACUUCCCAGUGUACUCUGCAGUAUUUGUAUUCUUGUCUCGUCCCCUCCCCCAAAAUAUAUUGUCCUCACUUACAGACUUUUUUAAAAUUUCAUUUUACUUUGAUUUUAAAAAUGACAGAGUCCUCAAUUUUCCUGUCAUGUGUGUCCAUGUUGUAAAUAGAACAAUGUAAACAAAAUACUAAUGCUGAA